AUUUAUUUUUAGGUUUUGAGUAACCUAUCCGGCGCACUCCGACUCGGAUUCGUCUCCUCAUCUCCACUCUUCUUUCCUCACAUUUUACUGACUCUCGGAGUCUCUUCUCUUCUUCCAUUUCCCCUUUCAUCUUCUCCUCUCCCCCAAGCCCUAAUCCUAAUUUCUCCCCGGAACCCUAGCAAAAAUGGCGAUCCGGAAGCUCCUCACCCUCGGCCGCCGCCGCCUCCCCCUCCUUCACCACCUCAGAUCCUUCUCCACUUCCCCCGCCGCCGUCGCCCCCUCCGCCGCCGUCCCCUCCACCGGCCCCCCGGUCAUGCACUACGACGUCCUCGCCCGCGCCGUCAGCGCCAAGAUCAAGCGCCUCGACGACCCGGACCCCCGCUUCCUCCGCUACGCCUCCCCCCACCCCGCCCGCGCCGACCACACCCCGAUCCUCUCCGCCCCGGAGACCCGCGUCACCACCCUCCCCAACGGCCUCCGCGUCGCCACCGAGUCGGCCCUCGCCUCCCGCACCGCCACCGUCGGCAUCUGGAUCGAUGCCGGCAGCCGCUUCGAGACCGAGGAGACCAACGGCACCGCCCACUUCCUAGAGCACAUGAUCUUCAAGGGAACCGCGGAUCGGACGGUGAGGCAGCUCGAGGAGGAGAUUGAGAACAUGGGGGGCCAUCUCAACGCCUACACCUCCAGGGAGCAGACCACCUACUACGCCAAGGUCAUGGACAAGGACGUCCCCAAGGCGCUCGAGAUCCUCGCCGACAUCCUUCAGAACUCCAGCUUCGAUGAGGCCCGGAUCAAUCGGGAGCGUGAUGUCAUCCUCCGUGAGAUGGAAGAGGUGGAGGGACAAACUGAAGAAGUUAUCUUUGACCAUUUGCAUGCAACAGCGUUCCAGUAUACUCCAUUGGGCAGAACAAUCCUGGGACCUGCUUCAAAUAUCAAGACAAUCACAAAAGAACAACUUAAGAACUACAUUUCAACUCAUUAUACAGCUCCUAGAAUGGUCAUUUCUGCUGCUGGUGCUGUGAAGCAUGAAGAAAUAGUUGAGCAGGUGAAGAAGCUGUUCACAAAGUUCACAGCAGACCCUACAACAGCAUCUCAACUGGUUGCAAAAGAACCAGCUAUUUUUACUGGUUCUGAGGUUAGAAUUAUAGAUGAUGAUAUUCCACUUGCACAAUUUGCGGUUGCUUUCAGUGGAGCAUCCUGGACAGAUCCUGAUUCCAUUGCUUUGAUGGUCAUGCAAUCCAUGCUGGGUUCUUGGAACAAAAGUUCUGGAGGUGGAAAGCACAUGGGCUCAGAGCUUGUACAAAGGAUUGCAAUUAAUGAAAUAGCUGAGAGCAUGAUGGCUUUUAAUACCAACUAUAAGGAUACUGGUCUAUUUGGUGUUUAUGCAGUUGCUAAGCCUGAUUGCUUGGAUGACUUGGCUUACGCGAUUAUGUAUGAGAUAAGCAAGAUGUCUUACCGAGUUUCAGAAGCUGAUGUUACUCGUGCUCGUAAUCAGCUGAAAUCUUCUCUCCAACUUCAUAUUGAUGGUACCAGCCCUGUUGCUGAGGACAUCGGUCGUCAGCUACUUACAUAUGGCCGUAGAAUACCAGUUGCUGAGCUUUUUGCAAGGAUUGAUGCGGUUGAUGCAAGCACUGUGAAGCGUGUUGCAAACCGCUUCAUAUUUGAUCAGGAUGUUUCUAUUGCUGCCAUGGGACCGAUCCAGAGCCUUCCUGACUACAACUGGUUCAGGCGCCGAACCUAUAUGCUUCGAUACUAAAUUUAAUGUAGUUCUUAUUGUUUCUACUUUCUAUUACGUAUUGAAAAAUUUUCUUAAAGGGCCUUCAAUUGCAAGCCAUGUUCAUCUUUAAUGCUUUGAUGGCUGGAAUUUUUUGUUUGUUGUUUUCUCAUAUUUUUUUGUCCUGUAUUCCUGUCAAUAAUAAACAUCCAACUGCAUGGCUACACAUUUUUGUUGAAGCUCCAUAGGUGUUGGGGGCCAUUUUCUGUUAUGUGAAGUAGCUGCAAAUUCCUAAUUGUGGAUUAAUUUGUCUC